AUGGUGGAUAUUGAAGAAAGAUUAGAUGAUUCUUUUUGCUUUCGUGUGAGAUGCGAAGAACCCUUGAAGGUAAAACCGAGAGAUAUCUUGACAUUCAAUGUGAAUGUUAGUGUUCGACCCUACACACGUGAUUUCUCUCGUCUAAGGCCAGUAAUGUUGUUAUUCGAAAGCUCAGUACCUAUAACAUGUGAAAGUUUUGUAGAAAAUAAUGAUCAUGCUUUUCUACGAAGUGCUUUAUGGCCCCAUCCUGGCUACAUCCCACGAAGCCUGGACCAAUUAGGACGAAGGAUUGUUUUACGGAUUCAACAAGAGUUGGAGGUUCAGACCAACACUUCUGCGGAUUCCACGUCUCGACAAUUUUCUUUAGCAUUAGACAUUUUCAUAGACACUAGGCAACAUUCUGAGAGCGAUGAUGAAGAGGAUGGAAUGAUAGAAGAGUCGAUGCAACAAGAUGUGAGGAUGGUUCCGGCCUCCAAAGAAGCCAUUGAGUCAUUGAAAGCAUUCACAGACUCAUCGUUCUUGAAAACAGAAAAGUGUAAUAUUUGCAUGGAAAGGUUUCAAGAUGACGUGAAUUCCUUAUCUUGCUUGUCAAUGCCAUGCAAUCAUGUGUUUCAUAGUGACUGUAUUGUUAAGUGGCUCCAAACCAGUCACAUGUGUCCUUUGUGUCGUUAUCCUAUGCCUAUUGCAAAGGAUUAA